GUUUCUCCUCUCUUACAGGGAACCAGAAGGACCAGCGGCACUCAGGAGCCAAGCAUGGCCCAGGCAGAGGCCCCCAUUGAGACCCCAGCCCUGGGCCGCCCCUUCCAGCUGGGGAUGCUGUACGACUGCCGCAGGGAUACCCUCAUCCCAGGAGUCACCCUUUGGGAUUACGACUCUCUUCAGAAGGACCUGACCAUCAAGCCUCAGCCCAAAACUGAAUCUGAAAUCAUUGCAUCCGACAGCAUAGAUGAUAAGAGCUCUGCCCUGGACAUCUCAGCCUCCCUCACGGCCAGUUUCCUGGGAGGGCUGGUUGAAGUGGGAGGGUCAGCCAAGUAUCUUCAUGACAAAAAGAAGUCCAAGAAACAGGCCAGAGUCACCGUUCAGUACAAAACCACCACCAGGUAUGAACAGCUGACAAUGAACCACCUAGGAAUCCAGAAUAUCUCUCACAAAGCCGUCUUUGAGCAUGGCACAGCCACCCAUGUGGUCACCGCCAUCCUCUAUGGAGCCCAGGCCUUUUUUGUCUUUGACCGAGAAGUUUCUUCAAAGGAGAUGGUAAAAAAUAUAGAGGGAAACCUCCGGGCUACACUCACGAAGGAAAUAUCUAUUGGAGGAGAAGCAGAGGUCCAACUGACUGCGAAGGAGAAAGAGGAUGCUCUGAAGUUCAGGUGCAAAUUCCAUGGAGACUUUUCUUUGGAGAAAAAUCCAGUCACUUUCCAAGAUGCCAUGAAAGUUUAUGAAACUCUACCAAAAAUGUUAGGGAAAGAUGGGGAGAAUGCUGUGCCUAUGAGGGUCUGGCUCUACCCUCUGACCAAGCUGGACACCACAGCAGCUAAGAUGGUCCGUGAGAUCAGCCUAACGUUGAUCUUUGAUGCUAAAAUGAUCUUGGAGGAUCUCAAUGAAAUCCAGAUGCAAAGCAACGAUCUAGCCAAGAAUCCCAUUGCUGAGACCUUCCCUGAGAUCCAGAGGAAGAUCCAGCAGUUCAAGGAUCUCUGCAAGCAACACAGGCAGACUUUCCAGAAAGAGCUGGCCAGAAUGUUGCCUUCCAUCCGGGGAGGAGGGCAGGAGGAAGGGACCCUGGUGGACCUCUUGAUGUCCGUCAACCAGUCGCCCUUCAACAGCCAAAGACUCCAUCAAUUUCUGGACAGCAAAAAAAGAGAAAUUAACUUUGUCAAAUCUUAUCUGACUAUUCUAAAUAAUAUAGAAGUUAUCUCAUCUCAGAACAAGCUGGAAGAAAUAGUUCUGGACCCCCAGAAUGUACAUGUGGUCUCCUUUACAUUCACUUCUUUACGUGAAGAGGAGCCAUUUCUGUUGAGCUUACAGAAGUGGCUUCAGGAGCAAUUCUUGCAAGAAUCAACCAAGUCCACAAGAUCCAGUCCUGGGGUGAAGGAAGGCAUGGCCUGGUUUGAAGACAAGGAGAGGACCCGCAAUUCUCGCCAAGCUGCAAAAUCCAUCAAAGACUUUUUCAGUAUCAAUCAAUCCAAUGAGAAGGUCCGCUUUGUUGUGGCCUCAAAACCAGAUGUGGACACCCCAGGAGCCUCAGUACACUUUUAUGAGGAUGGAGAGCUGGUCAGCAAGAACUAUGAGUUGCCCUCAAAACCACUCCAAUUCCUGAUCAGUGAACUGAGACACGACAGCAUUCAACUGAAGUUUCAGCCAGCUGAAUAUGGAAAGGCUUCCAUCUCCAACUAUCUGGUAAAGUACAAGGUUGCAGGGGAAGAUAACUGGAAGACCAUGAGGACAGAGGACAACAGGGAGAUGUUCCUGCUGAAAGAUCUACCUCCAAACACAGAGUACCAGUUCCAGUAUGCUGCUUGUUGCAAGGUAGGCCAUGGUAGAACCAGUGACCUGAGCCCACCCAUAAAGACCCUUCCCACCAGCCCUCCUGGGGAAUUAAGAAUGGUCACUGCAGCAUCUUCUGUCAUCUCUGUGGCCUGGAUGAGUCCCAGCAUCGUUGCCUCAGGAAUUGUGGUCAAGGAGUACAAGGUGGAGUACAGAACGGUGGAGGCUGGAGUUGGGAAGGACCAAUGGGCUGAAAAAAGGACUGGGAGAAAAACAGAAUUUUACUCUAUCGAAGGUCUGAAUCCCCAGACAGUGUACAGAAUACGGGUGUUGGCCGUGUGUGAUAAUGGAACUCUGGGUGUCCCCAGUGAGGAGUUGGAGGUCUCCACAUCACUGGAAAAAGAAGGCAGAGACAACAUAGCCCAACAGUUCCUUCAGAAAAGGUUCCUGGUGGAGGACAGCCAGCCAUUAGUGUUUGCACUUACUCUGGAGGAAGUCCCCUCAGUUGCCUCCACCUCCUGUCUCAUGUACCAGCUUGGAAAGGAGAGCCUGGAAGUGCCCAACAAAGUCAUCCUGGUGAUGGGAGCAACCCUGUCUGGGAAAACCACUCUGAUCAACGGGAUGAUCAAUUAUAUUCUGGGUGUCCAGUGGGAAGAUAAUUUCAGAUUCAAACUCAUUCAUGAAAUCACCCAAAGAAGUAAAGCUGGAAGCAGGACGUCUGAAGUGACAGCCUACAUGGUGAACCAUCAGAAAUGUUUCCGAAUUCCCUAUUCUCUCACAAUCAUUGACACGCCAGGAUUUGGCGAUGCAGAGCAAGACAAACUGGUUGAGAAACAGCUCCUGGAGUUUUUCUCCACCCCAGGGGGCAUUGACCACGUGGAUGCCAUCUGCUUGGUGGCCCAAGCCUUCCUUUCCCAUUCAACUCAUGCCCAGAAAUGUGUCUUUGAUUCCAUGCUCUCCAUGUUGGGAAAAGAUGUGAAGGAUAACAUCCAACUCCUGAUCACCUUUGCGGAUGGGGGGACCCCACCUGUCCUGGAGGCCCUCAAGGAGGCUGACCUGCCGUGUGCUCAGGAUGAGUCAGGAACCCCUCUGCACUUCAGAUUCAACCAUUCAGCUCUCUUUGCUCCCACCCAAAAUGGAGGAAGCCGUAAUGCGGUUGCUGAAAUGUUCUGGAAAAUGAGCACUGAGAGCAUGAAGGAUUUCUUUGACUCUUUAAAGAUGGUGGAGACCAAAAGUUUAACCUUGACCAUGGACAUCCUCAAGGAACGUCAGGAGCUGGAAGCUGCUCUUAGAAGUCCUCCCUCUCUUAAGGUUCAGCCUGUCAAACCAAAUAGUUUCCUGAUCACUAUUAAUCCAAUGGCCGAAGCGAUGGCUUCAAUCUCUGGGUACCAAGUGGCAUAUCGGGCUGCAGGAGAGGAGAACUGGAAAAGUCUCCAUGUAGAAGGUUCUAAGAAUGAAUUCACCCUAGAAAAUGUGCACCUCACUACUCAGUACCAAUUCCGAUGUGCUGCUGUGACACAUCUUGAGAUCAGCCGAUGGAGUGAGGAGACCACUUGCAUCUAUCCUGCAGAGAAGACUGAACAGAAACCGCCAGAUCUGUCCUGGGCGACUCCUCUGGGUAGGACUGCAAACUUCGGAGGACCUGAGCGGAGGAUCGUCCUUGUGGGCAAAGGCGGAAACGGGAAAAGUGCAACAGGAAACACAAUUCUGGGAAGAAAAGCCUUUGUGUCUGGGAUGUCACUUAGACUACUGACCAAAACUUGCCAAAGAGAAGAGGCACAGCUGAAUGGCAGGAAGGUUGUGGUGGUCGAUACACCUGGCAUCUUGGACACUGGCUAUCCCAUGAGAGAAACUCUUCCCGAAGUGAGCAAGUGUAUGAAGUUUUGCUCCCCGGGUCCACAUGUCAUUCUGCGCAUCGUGCGUCCUGGCCUUUUCUCCCAUGACGAGAAGGAAGUGGCUCAGCUGAUCAGAGAGAUGUUCAGCUUUAGGGCCCUGAAUUACAUGAUCCUCUUGUUCACCCGGAAAGAGGACCUGGACGGAAGGUCUCUGGAGGAAUACAUAUCUGGGGAAGGUGUCUGUUUUAGGGAAGAGGCAUACCAUUGUGGGAACCGGUUCUUGGCUUUCGGCAACAAGGCCACAGGAGAAGAACGAGAGGCUCAGGUGGCCCAGCUGAUGACCAUGAUUGAUCAACUGGUGCAGAAGAAUGGGGAUGCUCCUUAUUACACGGAAGACAUGCUGAUGGCGGAGAAGUUCAAGGAAAAAUUCAAGUUGUUUUCAUAGAGACUGAUUGAUCCUCUGCUCCACAGUGGCAACUCUCCCAAAGCCCCUCCAUUUCCUUCCUUCUGUUCUGUGUUCUAAUCCAGCCCUCGCCAGGUGACUUCCAAAGUACCUGAGACUCAUGGCUGAGUCUCCCUGAGCCAAUUCCUUCUCCUGAGAACCCACUUUCUCCCCUUGGAUGACAGGACUUUCUUCAAAGCCACGUGAAAAUCCUGCCCCCCACCCCACCCCAGUAUCAACCGGCCCCACAGCCUAAUUCUCUCCCAUCCUGGAUCCCUGUCCCUUUGGAAGCACAGACACUCCCGGGCUUCCCAUCUGUCAAUCAUUUGAGGUAUAUCAGGCUGAGAAGCCACCAACGCAAGAAAUAUUAGAAGAAAAGAAGUCGAAAGUAGAAAUUGGGAAAAUAGCAUUAUGUAUCCUGAAAUAUAAUAGCCUAUUAUAAUUACUAUGUAUACACAAAUAUUCAAAAUUGAAAGAUUAUGAUUAUGUAUAUUUAAAUGGUAAUAUCAUUAUCAGAAUUGUAUGCAAAGUAUAUUAACCCAGACAAUACACGGUUCCCCAAGCACGUUUGGAUGUUAAAGAAAAAAAUCAUAAAUAAAAUUGAAGCCCCCACAACUUCUGAAAACAA